ACCAUGUGGUUUUUAUGUGAACCAUACUAAGACCAUGUUUGAUCCCUCCCUUAAGGAAUUCAAGUAGACUGCGUAGCACUUACCAAUCGCAAGCGUACAAUAAUCAUCGCGAACUAUGACACCUAAGAUACUACACCGUUUGGCUUUUAAGGCUGUUUGUGCCGACUCGUACGUGUGAGCCAAUGGCCCUCACCAUCGACAGGCCCGUGCCUUGCUUAGCUUGCAGACGGCAUCACCCUUUGACAACAUGCUGCUGCUCGCACCUAUCAAUAUUGGUACAUAUUCCGCCUGUAGCACGUGUAUCGUGUGCUCUCGGCUGUUGUCGGACUCGAUGGAUAACCAGUUCCACAGCCGAAGGGAGCCCGGAGGCAGUCUUCAAUGCUGCACUAGACAAAGCUGGCCUCAUGGCGAAACCUCUCCGUGUGCCCGCGUCAGCGCUUGUGACGAACCAGCCUUUCACGACCCGGUCUUUAACGCGGAAGGCUUCCAUUGCGGAGUCGGUCCUAUGCCCUGGGCUCCGGGGCCCAGAGCUUGCUGCGCUCUAUGGAUCUGACCUACAGGGCGUCAUGCAACGUUCGGACGUCGAGUGUGCCACUGCACACGACCGGGACAUCGUGGAUUGGCUUCCUGAGCUUGAAGAGGACAAACUUGAAGGUUUCCUCGACACUGCGCCACCCGCCUACUAUGGCGAGUCGGACUGUAUCCGCUCUACCUUGUGUGCUGUCGUCGUGCAGCCGGGCGGAGGACCUUGUGCUGCAUGCCGGGAACUGGGCGUGGACAAGAAACACAAACUGCUACGCAAAGCACAGCGCGCGCAGCAGCGCAUCCUCUUGUUGGAGCAGGGCCUGCCGGCACUGCUUCCGACAUCGCUGCUGUCAACCCUCGGCCGGGCUGAACUGUUGUUGCGCCUCCAGGCGGCGCUACAACAUGCACAAGUUCUUCUCCAGGAUCUCGACACGGCACGUAGAUCAGUGGCAGCCAAUGCAGAGCGAACACGACCGGCACUCGUGGAUGAGCUGGAGGAGGCGUUUCGGUCGGGCAGACUGGAGCAUGGGUCUGUGUUUGCUUCUCUCAUGCGGGGCGCGGUGAGGGGCGACAGUCGCCGGGGCCGCCAGCUGGACCAUAUCGAGCGGGCCUUCUACCUCCUGUUGCUGCAGAUGGGUGGCCCUAUCGUGGUCAAAUUCGUGGCCGCCAACUUCAACGGCCCACAUCUUCGAACCAUCCAGAGGAGUCGCGCCAGUCAGGCGUACUUCCGGGUUGGGCCUGCACAUGACGAUGCCAACAUCAAAGGAGUACUCGGCGUGUUGACGGAGUUUAACCAGCACGCACUGCCCCUGGUGAUCAGUGAAGACGCGAGUGCACUUUCACCGCGGCUUGACACCGUGCACCGCCAUGGCGCCAUCCUCGCGUAUGGCAUGUGUGGUGGAUCGGAGCAGGUAGAUGCACAUAGCGUCUACGUGCCCGUUCGUGCCGUUGGGACAGACAACAAGGACACUGCACCGGCACUGCUCCGCAACAUCGAUACCUUGGACAAGUCUCUCGAGGAGAACGGUGCCGUACCUAUGGCGCACGUCGGCGAUGGUGCGGCCAGCUUCAGGCGCCAAGCCAUCCACCCGACCAAGAAGCUGCUCAUCGGGCCGUACCUUAUCAACCCGAACAUCCUCGUGACAAUGGCCAAGGAGGGCGAGGUGGACAUUACGGCCAGCGACCUCGAUUACGCCGACAAGCAGAACCAGUCGGCAACAAUGAAGCUGUCAGACCACCACGUAGACCCCAAGACCAGGAAGGUCGUCGCGGUGGACUCGAUACGGGCGGCUAUCGCGUCGCGCUGCAAACGGAGCCCUGCGGGUGGAGUGGGCUCCACCGCUGAUGGGACCUAUUACGGCACGUAUCUCUUUCAUUCCUUCUUCCACAUGUUCACUGGCGUCUUCUACACGGACGCCGUGGGGGAGCCCGCAGUCGCGGCCAUCCGUGCUUACUACCCCGACGACAACAGUGUCACUGCCGCAAUCAACGCGGGACUCGAGGAGGUCCAAGCGCUCCUGACAAUGGACAUCG